AUGUUGAAGGAACAUUUGAAUGUUUUCAAGAUAACAAUGAUGAAGGGUCCGCAUACUUGCACAAACGCUUCACUUAAUCAACGCCAUAAACAAUUGAAUUCAGAGUAUCUAUCUGAAGAGGUGUUUUCAUUGGUAAAAGCUGAUUUGAAGAUAAACAUUGCAGCUAUCCAAGCACAUGCCGAAACACAUUUGGGGUACUCAGUAUCGUAUCGGCAGGCUUGGACAGCAAAACAGAAAGUUAUGGAAAAGUUGUUUGGUACAUUUGAAGAGUCAUACAAUGUUCUACCUCGGUUCUUUCAUGCUUUGCAAAUCUCUAAUCCUGGAUCAGUGGUCAAUUUUCAUCAUAAGGAAGUUAUUGGGGGAGCGGCUGUAUUUGAACGGGUGUUUUGGGCAUUCGCUCCUUGUAUUGUUGGUUUUCAAUUUUGUCGCCGGUUGAUAAGUAUUGACGGCACCCAUCUAUAUGGCAAGUAUAAGGGCAAAUUGUUGAUUGCAGUGGCAUUUGAUGCAAACAAUGGCCUUUUUCCCUUAUGUUAUGCACUUGUGGAUAAUGAAAAUAAUUCCAAUUGGGAAUGGUUUAUAGAUUGUAUUCGUACAUAUGUGACAGACCGAGCUGGUAUUUGUGAGUUAUCUGAUCGUCAUGCUAGCAUUAAAGGGGCAAUGCGAGAGCGAUGGCCCGAGCCACUUGCAUACCACAGGUUUUGUUCUAGACACUUUGUUAGCAAUUUCAUGGACAAGUUCAAGGAUACACAAUUGAAGGAGAAGUUUGACUUAUGGAUGUCCAGGAUGAAAACUUACAAACCAGAAGCAUGGACUUAUCUUCAAAAAGAUGGGGUUGAAAAGUGGGCAUUAUCAUAUGAUGAUGGCCAUCGAUAUGGAAACAUGACUACAAAUAUGUCUGAAAUUUUCAACAGCGUCUUGGAAGGUGGGAGGUUUUUGCCAGUUACUGCCCUAGUCCAGUUAACCUUCUACCUCUCAAAUAAAUAUUUUGUAAUGCGGAGGAUUGAGGUGGGAAAUUCGAGGGCUGAAGGUCGUGAAUGGCCACCUCAAGUAUUGGCUGACAUUUUUAGAGAAAGGGAAAGUUCAAAGAGGCAGCAUGUGCGGAUGUUCAAUCACAAUCCACCAACAUUUCAUAUCACAACCAGGGUACGGAGGACAGAUAAUAACCAAGGUGGUGUAAGAUGCCAUGUAGUUUGUCUUCUUCAAGGCAGUGAAUCUUGUUCAUGUAAUAUGUGGCGCUUGUAUCAUCGUCCGUGUUCACAUGUGUUUGCUGCAUGUUCUGCAAUGAACAUUGGAUAUUCUCAUUUAAUGGAGGAUUAUUUUACAUUGUCGGCGUAUGCAAAUUGUUAUAGACCAACUUUCUAUCCGAUUCCAGAUGAGACACAAUGGCCUGAGUACACUGGUCCACGCAUAUUGCCUGAUCCUGAUCUCCGAAGAUCAAAAAAAAGUCGUCCAAAAUCAACACGGUUAACAAAUGGAAUGGAUAUGAGAGAGGCUAAGUCACACUACAAAUGCAGCAUAUGUCAUCAAUCUGGGCAUAAUAAAAAACACCAUACAAAUUCUGAGAGUUGA